AUGGACUUCUUUCAGCGCCUGUGCUUGCUGAGCCUGAGCCUGCAGCCAGUGUUCGGAGGUUUGCUUGGAUCCAGCUGGCAGCUUUCGCCCGUGCCGCAGACGGCCACCUUAUCAAACACAACACCUGCAGAGCUGGAGAUUCGCGUAGCCAAAGGUUUGGGAUCCAAGGGCUACGAGAAGGUGCGAUUGUCCAUUGUGGCUUCAAGCCCUGAGACGGCUCUCGACUUUCCUUUCAGUUACCGGGAGCAGUUCAAAUACCGCUGGACGGAGCACCAUUUGCUUAGCACACUCCUUUCGUUGCAGCCUGGUGCGAACACAGUCACCCUCGCUGGGCAGAGCAUCCAAAUCGAUUUGCCUCCAGAGGAUUCUGGCAUCCGGGGAUUCUUCGUUGCCGACCCAUGCUUUUCAUCCACGUACGUGAUGUGCUCGUACAGCUCGACCUUCCAAACCUUGGAUCGAUCCACCAAGCUGCUGAACACUGUCUUUGAAGACAAGUCCAUGAGUCUUUUUGGAAUGCUGGGUGACAACUUCUACGAUCAGAGCGGCGAGAUUUCGAAAGAGUUUUUCUCUCACGUGUCGCACAAUGUAAAGCGUCGGUUCUGGAUGGUGGUCAAUGGCAAUCACGACAACUGGGUGUGUGGGUUCCCGGCUUGCGGAAGCCGAAAUGACAACUUUGGUAUUGGUCAGAUGCAGUAUUACCCGAUGGACGUGGUGGCCUCACAAGACAGUAGCAGGCUCUUCAAUUUCGACCUUGACCCAGACAGCCAGCCACAUUGGAAUUCGUUCCUGAACAAUGGCUCCAACUUCCUCUUCUACCACAAGCUGGGGAAUGUUGGCUUUCUUGGCUACACUGGGGCAGCAACCUACGAAGAGACUGUGCCGCAUUUGCAUGCGGCGUGCAAAUACUUCGCUGUGUCAAAGCCGGAGGUAAUUUUCCUGCUGGGGCACUGGAACACCGGAGGGCUAGGAUGUGGCAACAGCAUGAGUGUUCCUGCGGUUCACGAGGCUCUUCUCAAGAUUCCAGAAUGUUCAGGCUUGCAGUCGCGGCUGAAGUACAUGGAUGGGCAUGAGCAUUGCAACUACAUACAGGCAAAGAACGGCAAAGACAACUACGGUUUCAUGAUUGGCGGUCAUGGCAUGGCAGACAUCGGCUGCAGGCCGCAGUAUGGCUUUGCCUACUUGGACACUACACAGGGCCGUGCCAAACUCUAUUAUUUCGAAGUGGGUGGUGGCAGUCGCUGGGGCAUCGUUGCCAGCAUGGCAUUGGGCCUGGUCGUGGGUCUUUGUCUGGGAAUGCUGUCUGGGCUUCUCUUCACACGCCAUUGCCAGUGCGCCAUGCAGCGAAAGAAGUGCAUGUACGCCUCUCUCGGCAUUGUGGGUCUUGCACUUGGUGUUGUUGGAGGAUUCUUUCUCGGAGUCUUCAUUCUGAAUCCGCUGUUCCCCACAGAGGAUCACUUUGACAAGAUCAUGGACUGCCUGCAAAAGAGCGGCGGCCUGCAUGGCUGCACGCACCUGGCAACCGAGUGGCUCAACCAACCUAUCAAGAAUGCCUCGUCUCAUUUCGUUUAA